CUGACCACGUGACUAUCCCGGAAGUGACAGGAACAACAACACGAGGGGAUUUUGAUCCACCUUCAUACAGAAUGCUGCGUUUUCUGCGCCUGGUUCUCGUCCUUGCCUUCAUGCGUGAAGCCUUUUCUCUGGAAGGCUCAUGCGGGAUGGAGCAGGAAUCCGAGCCCGCAGAGGGAGCUGCGGGCUGCGGCUGUGACAAGCUAAAGAGAGCCUCCGGCGGGCCCAUGAUGAUGACCGAGCCUCAGCCUGCCGGGAAGUACUCUUCUGCUGGCUCCAAGUCCAAUGGAGGAGCGUCGGAGGCCCGUGGAGAGGAGAACCCAGUGCAAAGUCAGAUGGCGUGGAUUUCUGGAGGAGAGUUUCUGAUGGGAACAGACCAGCCUGGCAUCGCUGCAGAUGGCGAGGGCCCACAGCGGCCGGUGCACGUGGACUCUUUCCACAUGGACAUUCAUGAAGUAACCAACCGACAGUUCCAGAGCUUCGUCCGUGCCACAGGGUACAUCACUGAGGCGGAAAAAUUUGGAGACUCGUUUGUAUUUGAGGGAAUUGUGAGCGAAGACGUCAAAAGCCAAAUCAGCCAAGCAGUGGCUGCUGCCCCCUGGUGGCUUCCAGUGAAAGGGGCGAACUGGAAGCACCCUGAAGGUCCAGACUCCAACAUCACAGACAGGAUGGAUCAUCCUGUCGUUCAGGUUUCUUGGAAUGAUGCCUUGGCUUACUGCUCCUGGGUCAACAAGAGACUUCCCACUGAGGCAGAGUGGGAGGUUGCCUGCAGGGGCGGCCUGAAGGACAGACUCUACCCCUGGGGAAACAAGCUAAACCCAAAGGGACAGCAUUACGCCAACCUCUGGCAGGGGGAAUUCCCAGCACACAACUCUGCAGAGGAUGGCUACACUAAAACCUCCCCGGUGAUGUCCUUCCCAGGCAAUGCUUUUGGUCUGUAUGACAUGGUGGGGAACGCAUGGGAGUGGACCUCAGACUGGUGGAGCGUGCACCACACAACAGACCAUCAGCACAACCCAACGGGUCCUCCGUCAGGCACAGAUAAGGUGAAGAAAGGAGGCUCGUACAUGUGCCACAAGUCUUAUUGUUACAGGUACAGAUGUGCUGCUCGAAGCCAAAACACUCCAGACAGCUCCGCUUCCAAUCUUGGUUUUCGCUGUGCUGCUGAACAGAAACGAUGACAGAACCAAAUCAGUUUGAUCCAAGAACUUCUGGCUCACGCUCUUGUCAUGAGAUCAAUCCGAUUCUUUUGCUGCCACCGACAAUUCUGAAGAAGUCAAAUCUAAAAUAUAUUUUUGUAACUCUAAUUUUACAAAGGCAGAUUUUUUGUACUGUCUCUGACAAUGUAUGUAAAGGCAGAAUGUAAGGACUCUAAAGUUAUUUAUGUGAGUAAAAGUGAGAGAUUUCCCCACAUGCUGCAGAGAAACGUGUUUAUAGCUUUUUUUCUGUGGAAUAAAGGGACCAUGAGCGGAUAAAGAACCCAA